AUGUUCUCGCGAGGCAGUAAAAAUGCCAAAGAUCAAUCAUCGGUCCAGGUCUCCGAAGGUCCCGCAGGGGCAAGACCAAGUAUAAACGCAAACGACAAUCAGCAAUUCAACCACACAAGGCGGGUUCAAAGCGCUGCUACGACGCUGUGUCGGACAUCAACUAGAUUGCUAGAAGUAGUCUCUACGCCCAUCAUCAGUCGAUCAUCGGAGGGCAGCAGCCGAAGAAGACAAACUAGUCCGUUCCUCGCCAUACUGUCAACGGACCUGCACUAUGCCAUCGCAACGAAGUACCUGGGGUUCGACACGCUGCUCGCUCUCCGGCAGACAUGUCGCGCCAUGUACGCUUUGCUCACGCCAGACAAGGUCCGGCGCGUCCGCGAGAAAUUGGUCCAGCAAUACCUCGAAGACGAGGUCCGGCAAUUCCGCGCCUACAGGGCCCUCUACCCGCGGAAGCGAUUCGGCCAUCUAUGGGAAUUGCUCCACGAUGCGUUUGACCUGCGCCUCGUCGAACGGCCGGCCAAAGAGCUGCGGUGUUACGCCUGCCUGCAACUGAAGCCCGUGUGGAACUUCGUCGAGCGCAUGACCACGCGCGGGACCGGGCUAGGUGCCAAAUCUGCCCACAACAGGAUGUGCAAGCACUGCAUGCGGCGGUACCGUGACGUCGAGGGAUCAUGGUGGAAGGAGAAUUGGGUCAAGAGGAGCGAUACCGCCAAGGUGGUCAGCAAGACCAAAAGGGUCCGGCGCUGGGUGUUCCAGGGUCAAAGCCUGAUCAAUCCGCCAGAAGACGUGGGCGUGUGCGCUGCUUGCGGCACCUUUGCGUUCGAGCUCUGGUGGGGGUGCGUGAGUUGCUUUGAGCUGGAGCAGAAAGCUCGUCGGGACGAAGACCUCGACGAACUGGAGAUCAGCGGCUUGGAGCGGAAGGUCGUCGACGCAUUUGACAAAUGGCGGGCUCGAAGGGAGAUGAAGUACCGCAAGCGUCAGGCCAAGAGGGAGACCAGGGCUGCGCGAAACCGGGUGCUGGCUAGAUUCGGCUUCAUCUGGAUUGGACCUGGGUCGAAUCGACGGGCCGCCUUUUGGGAAUGGAGAGCGACCAAGACCGGCAAACCAGUGUCGCCCUUUUUGCCUGCGCCAGAGGUCGUCGACCGGGGGUGGAAAGCACUCGACCAGAUCCCGCCGCCGGCGGGCAGACGAGAGGCUCGAUGUGCGUCGUGCUGGAUAGCGAGUAUUCCGCGAAGGAAGUACAUGCACAGCUUCGGAUUCGAAGGAGUGCUGGACAAGGAGCGAUGGUGCAAACACUGCCUGCAAGAACAGCGUUCACGACGAGAGCGGAGAGAGAAGAGGAAGCUGUGGUUGGACGGCCAUGUCGCAAACAAGGACCCUUUUGAGCAUGAGGAACAAUACGGGCUGGACCUGUUAUUUGAUACAUGUUAG